AUGAAUUGCUUUGCAGAUUGUAAACAGGGUAGCCUACCAGGGCCAGCCAAAACCCAACUCCGGCUGCAUUCCAUCAUGCCCAAAGCCUUCCUGCUGCUGUGUGUUGCCCUGGUGCUACUUGGGCUUGUGCAUGGAGCCACGUUGAGAAACAAAGAGAAAUGGAAGUCACUCAACAACCCCAGAAACCGAGAUCUGUUUUUUAGAACCCUUCAGGCAUAUUUUAAGGGAAGAGGUCUUGAUCUUGGGAGGUUUCCAAACACUUUCUCCAUGAAUGGGAAUCCUAGACCUCUCUCUUUCCAAUCAGAACUUCUUGCUUCUGCAUUUGCAGAUUAUGAAGAGCAGAAAAACUCCUUUCCUAAUUAUGUCAAAGGCUGA